UCCGUAGCUGCUGCGGGUAUUUGUUUCGCACGGGGCGCCCCUCACCGGCGGCCGCUGGAGCGAAGGAGACGGGCGGGAAUUGUCGGACCUUCGCCGCGACUCUGCAGACAGUCCCACCCCCGCGAACGGUGCCGCCUUCGGUUUCCCGGAACCGACGCGACGGGUCCCACGGCCUCGGAGGGAGGAAGAUCCCGGGUUCUCAGUUCCGUUGAUACCGGGAGACCGAGGCCCCGAGUGCGACCGACCCACCGUUCGCGCGCGGUCGUCUACCCGGUGGUGUGCGGGGUCCGGAUGGACCCGCAGGGUCCGACCCGGCCGGCAGCGUCGCGGAUGGACUCUGGGCAGCCGGCCCUUUGGCCCCCUGGCUCCGCCGUCUCCUCAUUGCAGAGCCCAGUGACCUGCGAGGACCUGGCUGUGUUCUUCUCCAAGGAGGAGUGGGGGCUCCUGGACGAGGCUCGGAGGCGCCUGUACCGCGACGUGAUGCUGGAGAUCUUCGAGCUCAUGGCCUCACUUGGUUGUUGGCGUGAAGUGGAAGACGAGGAGGCCUGUUCCAAGCAGAACGCUUCUGUAGAAGGGGUCUCCCAGGUCAGGAUCCCCAGCACACAUCCUUCUACUGAGAAGACUGAUGCCUGUGACAUGUGUGGCCCAUUUAUGAAAGACAUUUUGCACCUCGAUGAGCAUCAAGGAACGCAUCCUGAGGAGACCCCCUACACGUGUGGAGCAUGUGCAAGGAGGUUUUGGCUCAAUGCAAACCUGCCCCAGCGCCAGGAGGAGCGCAGUGGAGAGAAGUCCUGCAGGUGGGACAAGGACCGGGAUGCAUCUGUGAAGAGCGCUGUAGUCUCCCUAUCAGAGAAGCCCUUCACGUGCAGGGAAGGUUGGGAGGAUGGCUCAGGCAGCCCUGCCCUCCGCCAGCGCCCGGCCAUCCACAGCAGUGGGAAGUCACGCAGGAGGACAGAGUGCAGGGAGGCCUUCCCACACAGUUCCCGCCUUGGGCGGCCCCCAGGAGUCCCUACCACAAAGAAGCUCCUCAACCACAUGAGAACUCACUCUGAAGUGACACCAUUUAUUGGUCCAGCAGUUGUAGAUUCCUUAGAGGAGAAAUCAGCCCUCGCUAAUGACCAAAAAUUCCACACUGGAGAAACAUCUCGGGUGUGUAAAGAGUGUGGGAAGGCCUUUAGUGACCCAUCGAAGCUGAGGGAGCACCAGAAAUUUCACACUGGAAUAAAACACUACGCGUAUAGUGACUGUGGGAAGACCUUCAGCCGCAAAUGCACACUUGUUCAUCACCAGAGACUUCACCCAGGAGAAAGCCCUCAUGAGUGCGGUGCGUGUGGGAAAGUCUUUAAUAACAGGUCACACCUCACUCAGCAUGAGAAAGUUCAUAGCGGAGAAUGGCCUUUUGAAUGCAGUCAGUGUGGAAAAGCUUUCAACAACAACUUUGACCUUGUUAAGCACCAGAGAGUUCACACUGGAGAGCGGCCUUUUGAAUGUAGUGAAUGUGGAAGGGACUUCAGGCAAAGCUCCCACCUCCUUCGACAUCAGAAAGUUCACGCUGGAGAGUGGCCCUUUGGGUGCAUUGCGUGUGGGAAAACCUUUAGCACUGGCACCACCUUCAUUCAGCACCAGAGAAUACACGCCAGGCAAAGGCCAUAUGAGUGCAGCAAAUGUGGGAAAACCUUCAGCCGCAGUUCCAGCCUGGUUCAGCACCGGAGGAUUCACACUGGAGAAAGGCCUUUUGAAUGCAGUGAGUGUGGAAGAACUUUUAACAAAAACUCCAACCUUGCUCAGCACCAGAGAGUUCACAGUGGAGAGCGGCCUUAUGAAUGUAGUGAAUGUGGAGUAGGCUUCAGCCGAAGAUCCCACCUCCUGCGACAUCAGAAAGUUCACACUGGAUAGCGGCCCUUUGGGUGGAGCAAAUGUGGGAAGGCCUUCAGCACUAGCACCAUCCUCACUCAGCACCAGAAAGUACACACCAGGCAAAAGCCAUACGAGUGCAGCAAAUGUAGGAAAACCUUCAGCCGCAAUUCCCGCCUGACUCAGCACUGCAGGAUUCACACUGGAGAAAGGCCUUUAGAGUGCGGUGAACGCCUGAGGGCCUUCAGCACCAACUCUCACCGGAUUUGUCACCAGAGAGUGCACACAAAAGAAAAGCCCUACGAGUGCCGUCAGUGUGGGAAAGCUUUUAGUGGAAAAUCCACACUUGUUCAACACCAGGUAGACACCAGAGAAAGGACGUACACGUGUGGCCACUGUGGGAAAGUCUUCAGCCCCCUCUGCAGCCGUGCUCAGCAUAAAAGGAUUCAUACCUGA